CCAAAACAAAAACAAACAAAAAAGAAAUGGCAGCUCCGAAGACAAGCGCAGAGAUGGUGUUCUUUGAUUUAGAAACGACGGUGCCGCAGAAAUCCGGGCAAAGAUUCUGGGUGAAGGAGUUCGGCGCCAUCGUGGUGUGCCCUCGCAAGCUGGUGGAGCUGGAGAGCUACUGCACCCUCAUCAGGCCGGGCGAUCUGUCGGCCGUGGGGGCCAAGACCGCCCGCCCCGACGGGAUCACGCGGCAGGCUGCGGCCGCGGCCCCGCCGUUCGCGGAGGUGGCCGACGAGAUAUUCAAGAUUCUUGAUGGGAGGAUAUGGGCGGGGCAUAAUAUUCAGAGAUUUGAUUGUGUUAGGAUCAAAGAAAUGUUUGCUGAUAUUAAUAAACCUGCACCUGCACCUGCUGGAAUCAUUGAUUCUUUGGGAGUUUUGAGACAGAAAUUUGGAACAAGAGCCGGAAAUAUGAAGAUGGCGACGUUGGCUGAUUAUUUCGGUCUUGGACAGCAGAAGCACAGGAGCUUGGAUGAUGUUAGGAUGAAUUUGGAGGUGUUGAAGCAUUGCGCGACAGUCUUAUUUCUGGAAUCGAGCCUUCCUCCAAGUGCAUUGAAUUGGAAAUGCCAGAGCAGCCCCAAUGUCACAACAAGAAGCAAAACCUUAUUGCAAUCUUGUAGCCCAACUACUUUGAAUACGGAAAAAGCAAGUAGAAAAUCGCCUCCAUCGACUUCUGCAGUGCAUCAAAGGGCUGUUCCAUAUGCUAGACAAAGUCUUGGAAAGAUGACAGCUAGAGUGAAAAAUGUAAUAUGCAGCAAUCUGUUGAAGCAUUCGCAGUCGUUGAUUAGAUGAUACAUCAAGAACACACAAUCAUUUUUUCAAUUAAUAGAUAGAAGAAUCAGGAUGAUUUCUGACUGUAUUGCUACUUCUUUUCCCAUGAUUCAUUGAUUCUUGUGUAUAUGUACAAUCUCAAACAUAUUGGAUAUUGCAAUGAAUAAAUCCACCUCAUCUAACAUUCUUUUCA